AUGAGACAGAUAAAUGCGCCCCUUCAUUCUACUGCACUCAGUUUAGAUGACAGGCUGCAGGGUGGAGUUGCACUGUACCAAUCAAAUAAUGCGAAUCUUUUAAAGCAAGAGACACAAGAUGAUAACCCAGGGGUUUCAAAAUCCGAUUUGGAGUCUAAAGAAGUCACCAAUGAAGGAACCAAUAAGGAAUUAGAAGCAGCCUUGCAAGAAGAGAUCGCGAGGAAACACAUCGAUAUGAUACUAAAUAGGCUCGAAAAACCAUCCCGCUGCUCACGGCUGGUGUCAGCUUUCCAAAAGUUCCUUGACCGAACAUGCUGUAAGUACACGCCGAGGAUGUACUUUACGAAGCCGGCUUCAUGGUAUUCUGCAACCGCGAAGUUAGACGCAGGAACCCUGUUACGAGAAAACUACCUGGGCAUAACGGCUGGUAUUCUGGUGGGGUACGUCACCUUCUUUUUCUUUUCUGCCGCCUUCGCACACGCACCCCACAUAGCCACACUUUUCGCCUGCUAUGUCAUGAUGUUUUCUGUGUUUGGAAUUGCAUUUUCGUCGGACUUUCGCUGUGUGCUCCUAAUUACCCUGCCAUACUUGUUGGCCAGUCGAACGCGAUGGCUCCUGAUGAUGCUUGCCACCGGCCUCACAACUACUGGCCCGGCCCUCAACUUCAUGCACAACUCUGGCAACUUCCGCAAUGCCAUCGCCUGCGUCCUGGGUCAGGUGAGCUCCAACGUAGAGUUGAUGGGUAAAAUCACCAAGGCUCCGUUAAGUCUUAUAAAAAACCAAAUGGGCACCAUGAUCGGCAACCUGAACGACCAACUGUUUCGGGCACGCAACGCUUUGAGAAAAAUCAAGCAGGCAGUUUACAUGGCUACCAAGGUCUUGAACUCGAAGUCGGAUUGGGUGCGCACGAUGGUCGAAUCGUGUGGUGACGAAGUCGCCAUGAAAAACCAAUGCUUGGCCUUCUUCAAUACCCUCUACUUCAACUGCGCUGCCUCGAUGAAGUCUCUGUCAUUUAUUUGCAAUUUACUGCGCAUGUUUGCUGAACAGGCCUGCAAGGGAGUCGCGGGUCUGAAUGACAUUUGCAAGAGGGAGUCGGGCCGCCUGCACUCGGAAAUAACCAACAUGGCGCCGGUCAGCGAGGAGCAGUUAGAGGAGAGUGAGGAAUCAAUACUACGCUUCAUGGGUCGUGAAAAUAUCUCCUUAGAGACUGGUGGAGAGUUCGUGGAUGUGGACUUUGGCACUAACGUCUCAUCCCAGGCCGAAGUUACGGCAAUGAUUGAAGAGAAGAUGGAUCUCAUGAUGAACGGAUUGAAUUCCUUUAAACGAACCAUAGCUUGGAUAGUGACUAUUUGGACGCUGUUCACUGUAAUUCAGUUGAUCGUGCAAUCAGCUCUGUACAGAAAGAAGUGGUUGACCAAGCCACACUAUGACAACGGUUACAUCUCACCACAGUUUGUAGAGCAGGAGAGAAAGGCCUUCGAAAACAAGCGACCUACCACCCUGCCACUGUCAUUUGUUGAGCAGUGGAAGUAUGUGACCUUCUCUUCUCUUUGGUGGUCAAAAACAGAGCGAAGCUCGGCUUUUGGGUCACUCGCCUUUCUGUUCGUGGGUGUCUUUGUGCUGAUUUUAAUCAUCAUCGCCGACUACGCCAUGUACCACAUUGUACUAACAACAGCACCGGCAUUUUCAGAAGGCUUUGGUAAGGCAAAACAGGUUUUGGAGGAUGGGGUAUCUAACAGUGUACCGGAUUUUGGAAUGAGUGCUACUGAGCAGACGGUUCCUGAGAUACAGGGGAACAGUUCGCUGUCGGAGAUGGGACGUGGGUUUCUUGCCCUCGCGAAUCCCCUGAAGGAGGUAUCUUUUAGCGUGGAAGCCUCCAUUUGCCGACCGCGAGCCUCAAAGCCGGACGACGUUACCACCAUCCUGGUCGCGUGUUCCAUCGCCUUGACCCUUCUGAGCAUUGUGCUGCAGGUGUACGCUUUACGACUGCGUCAUAUAAUCCUGGCGUGGUACUAUCCGGAUGGAGCGAGGCGACGCGCUGCCUGGUUACGGGCGUACAUCCGCAACACACGAGGCCUCUUCUCUCGACUGCUCCACAAGAUCCGCAGCCGCAAGUUGCAGCCUGCCGCUGGCAGUGGUCCGCCAGGUCGUCUGAAGUUCAUUGAUCGCUUUCUCUUCACCAAUCCAGUGAUCACUGGUUACCUCGCGAAGGUGGGUUUCAAACGGGUGUUUUGUGCACAGUGCUAUGACGCAGGGAAUCCAGCAAAAAAGGCAGAAUUCGAGCAGAAGUUUGCUCAGUGCCCGCGUUGUGGUCUGUACUACUGUAAAACCUGCCAAACGGACCUCCAAGGUAUUUGCAUAUACUGUAACGUACCCAUAAACACACUCUCAAUGGAGAUUGACUUUGAGCGCUGGAGUUCAGAUGAAGAAUACGACUACUUUUAUAACAGAUACUACACACGACGAAAGCACGAUGAAUCUCAGUUGCCAGCAAAACCACCUAGUCUGGAGGAGACCGUACGACCCCCCUCCAUGAAAACUCGUCCUAGGAUUCUCCUAAAAAGAAGAAUUAAGCCUUUAAUAGGAAUGAAUAUAGGCGCGAAAUUCAGAGCAUUCCUAAAAGGCCGUGGAGCAAAACGUGUUGAUAAGGCCGUCACAACCAUACUCACCAGUUUGCCUUCCAUCCCGUGGUGGAAAAGAAAGAGGAGUACGAGGAGGAGGAGGAGUAGGAGAAGAACAAGGCUUGUUAAGGAAGACAAAAUAAAAUAUUUCUUAGAGAAGGUGGAAGAAGAAGUGGACGUGGAGGAGCCUGAGGAGGUGGAGAACCCAUUUCGGAACAGGGGAACACAGACAUAUCUAGUCAGGCUGUCGGCUCUGAGAUGUGGCUCUGCAUCCGCAUGGAAGGAGAGUCUGAAGGAGACUGGUGAUUUUGAGCGAAGUUACGUCACUGGAAGUGACGCGUCGUCAAUCGGUAUACUGGGUGCAAUUGAACCCUCAAUCAAAUCGGUUUUCGGAGACAGCGAUUUGUGUGUAGUUGGUGACGCCGAAGCACUCGGUGAUCACCCAACCGGAGAAAUCUACGAACCCUCGAUCGAAUCGGUUUUUGGAGACAGCGAUUUGCGUGUAGUUGGUGACGCCGAAGCACUCGGUGAUCACCCAAUCGGAGAAAUCAAUGAGCUCAUUUCGAACGAGAAUGACGUUGUUGGUAGAGCUAACACUGGAGUACAGUUUAUUGGUGAUACACAAUUGAAUUCUACUGGCGUCUACCUGAGUCCACCCAAGUCACCAUCGUAUGACAUCAGUCCAUGUGGAGAAAUCUUACCUGGUGCCGAAAUGUUGAGGGAAGGAAGUUUCAAAGUAAACUCACUUCAACACGAAACAGGUAGCUGCGGUCUGCAGCUAGAUGCCUUGCUCAGUCCUGAGUGCCCUGGUCCAUUUAGCUCGUUAAUACUAACCAGCAUGAGUCCAAUUCAGCAUCUACCUAAAGACAUUAAGGUUGAUUCUGGCAACGACUCGUUCCCCAGGGAGGUUGGAAGAGACCAUAAAGAUUCUUCCUUAGGUCCGCAAAUUUCCGACUUAAAAAGCCUCAGCCCAUUACAUCUUGAAGUUGCUAGAAAGAGCUUGGAUUUAAUAGUAACGGGAGCUGAAGGUUGCCUAGACCCGGAAUUCGCUCACGUUGGGUCAGUAAAUUUACUGGAGUCUUCACUAAAGGAGGAUAUGGUUGAUAAUUUUGAUAACAAGACUGCAGAACUUGGCCUGCCAUCGUUAAUUAAAUCAAACGACAGUCCGAUUAAAGAUCCAUUAACUCCAACCUUGAAUGCAAGUGCCAGUCACCAAACAAGUACCUUUAAAAAGGACAACAGUCAGAAGACGGACUCGCGAACAAAACUGGUUGCCGGAUUAAAUCCAGCCAUUAAAGUAGUCAAUACUGCUCCCUCACAAACACAAAUCAAAACCAAAGGUUCCUCGGACUCACUUAAAAGUGAUCAGUACCUAGAGUCAAGCAAAAGAUUUUGUCCUGCCGAUGAUGGGAAACAGAAAUCCUUCAAGCCACAUCGCGUUUCUACUUCAUCGAAACAUCUGAAAAACAGUUCCAUUAAAAAUAAACCUAAAAAGAAAUUUUUUGAAGGACCCACGAGCAAAAUCGGGUCGAUAGAAGAAAAGUGUGCUUCACUUACUCCGGUAAAUCCAAGUUCACAAAGUCGAGCAACUUCUGACAUUUCAAUGAUUUCUGUGCAGGGCAAAAGUGACACACGCAUUGACAUUGAACCUUAUCUUGGUGGUCCGGAGGCCAUUAUUGGAAAAUCGGUUUAUUCGGAAUUUAAACUUGAAGACACCGGUCCGAAUACGCUCUCUCUCGAUGACAAUAUGACGAAGAUUGGUCUGCAGGAUUUCACCAGUGGGGACGAAGUGGUUGAUGUUGAAACCGACUUAGGCAUUGGCAGUGGCUAUUUGUCGCCACGGCCUGUAGCCACAACCCAAAUAGUCCCGAUUUUGGCUAGCAACGAUGGCGAGGAAGAGGAAAGGAGUGUGCAGUUAAGUCCUGAGGCUGCUAUUAUAGCAUCAAUAGAAGCUGCAAAUAUCGAUCCGUCAGCUCUUCUGAAUGUUCUUCGAGGUAUUAAAUUAAAUCCUGAAAUUUCAGCGAUUGACUCAAUCAGUUCACAUGUAUCUGAAAUGUCAGAAAUCAGCCAGGAUAACCAAUUCUCUGUGAUUUACGACCACCAACGCAAGCCUAAAAGGGAAUUAAUGAAGACGAAGGGUCUCCUCUUGUCACCUGACAAAACACGUAGGGUGUUUGAAGAGACCGAGGACACCAACCAAAUUUCCGACUUAGAUGUUGAAGAGAGAAACUCCUGCCUUUCGACACCGGGUACCUUGUAUUUCAAUGAUAGCGACACAAUAGACGACAGUCUAGGUGAUAACGUUACCCCACUGGACGCUGACACAUUGCAUGAUUCUGGUGAACUGAAAAUGGAGGAAGAAAGCAACUCCCCCGCUUUGUCCCAAACAUCGGAUUUCAGACACCUCAGUGAAUCCGAUACCGAUGCUUUCCUAAAAUUUGAUUCAAAUAUUCAGAACACAGGAAAGAUAUUUAGCAGUUACAGUAGCGGCAGUAAUUCCUUACUCCAGACUACUAAUAAAGAGCAGAUUGACGAUAUUAGUCCCGUGUUGUCAGAUUGCAAAGGAAACGACACCACAGAAAGCGAAAGUGCGUCGUUUCUGUUCCCCGAUCCCAAACUGACGAGAUGGAAUUGCACAAACAACACAACACCGUCUAGUCUUGAAGGGUCCGACCUUCUGGCACAUGGAUCUAUUGGCCACAUGAGUCCACUGAGGUUCAGGAAUUCCAGUAGCGGUCUAACCGACUAUGACUUGUUAAUGAACGAUGGGCAAAUAAGCCCAUUGGACUCCUCAGGUUGUGACUAG